AUGAAUGAAGAGUUGAUCACGAUACCAUCCACUGCUGAAAUACGCACCGCUCUCUUUUCGAUUCACCCGGACAAAGCACCCGGACCGGAUGGCUUCUCAGCAUGUUUUUUUCAGUCAAAUUGGGACGUGAUCGGACCUGGGAUAUGUAAGGAAAUCCAAGAUUUUUCCAGCUCAGGAACCAUGAGGGAUUCAACCAACCAGACCUAUGUUCGACUCAUCCCCAAAAUCACCGGCGCUAAACUGGUCUCUGAUUACAGGCCGAUUGCAUUAUGCAAUGUGAUGUACAAGAUAAUCUCGAUGAUCCUUUCACUCCGGCUGAAACCAGUACUUCAAAGCCUUAUUGGCGAGACACAAUCAGCCUUUAUCAAAGGACGAGCAAUCUCCGACAAUGUCUUGAUUACACACGAGCUUCUUCACAAUCUGAAAACGUCGGAAGCAAAGGUUAAUUGUUCAAUGGCAGUCAAAACAGACAUGAGCAAAGCCUACGACCGCCUCGAACAGCUUGGAUAUAACGAGACAUGGGUAGACUGGAUCAUGAGCUGCAUCUCGACAGUCUCCUACUCAUUUCUUAUAGAUGACACAGUCCAUGGCAGAGUCACUCCUUCCCGUGGUAUCCGACAGGGUGACCCCUUAUCCCCUUACAUUUUCAUCUUAUGUCGGGAAGUUCUCUCCGGACUAUGCCGUAAAGCUCAUAUUAGCGGACAUAUGGUGGGUCUAAGAGUGGCCAGAGCAGCUCCAUGCAUCAAUCAUCUCCUCUUUGCGGAUGAUACGAUGUUUUUCCUUAAGACGGACAUGAAGAGCUGUGCAGCGCUAAAGAAUAUACUAGGCUUGUAUGAGACCGGAAAUACUGUCAAAAAGCUUCCUUCUUACGAGUCUCCUUACUUUGUGCUUUGUGCUUGCUCACAUGGCUGGAGAGGUAUCUUAGCCGCAAGAGACCUCCUCUGUGAAAAGCUCGAGGCAGUGAUCGGUGAUGGUGAAGAUACUAGAGUAUGGAAGGACCGAUGGCUUAGUACUGACAUGGCCCGCGCACCAGUAGGUCCAGCCCCUGAAGCAUUUCAAGAUUUGAGGGUGGCGGAUCUUCUAACUCGGGAUUCUAAGGAGUGGAAGAUACAACUGAUAGAACAUAUCUUACCACAUCACCUUGCGGAGAUUAGAUUACUGAAGCCAAGCAAAACAGAAGGCAACGACGGGUUGUAUGGGAAAUACUGUCAAAAAGCUUCCUUCUUACGAGUCUCCUUACUUUGUGCUUGCUCACAUGGCUGGAGAGGUAUCUUAGCCGGAAGAGACCUCCUCUGUGAAAAGCUCGAGGCAGUGAUCGGUGAUGGUGAAGAUACUAGAGUAUGGAAGGACCGAUGGCUUAGUACUGACAUGGCCCGCGCACCAGUAGGUCCAGCCCCUGAAGCAUUUCAAGAUUUGAGGGUGGCGGAUCUUCUAACUCGGGAUUCUAAGGAGUGGAAGAUACAACUGAUAGAACAGAUCUUACCACAUCACCUUGCGGAGAUUAGAUUACUGAAGCCAAGCAAAACUGGAGGCAACGACGGGGUUGUAUGGUUAGGUGCUCGGAGUGGAAUCUACUCCACGCGUUCUGGGUAUUUUGCUGCAGCAAAACUAGAGAACCAGAGACACACUCCCCAGUCUAGGAUCAACUGGAAAGCUCUGCUUUGGACUGGACGGGUAUCGCCAAAACUACAGGUCUUCCUAUGGAAAAUCACACAAGGAGCACUACCGGUAGGAGCUAACUCGCAACUCCGAGGUAUGCUCCAUAACACCGCGUGUCCACGUUGUGAUAUGCUAGAGACAGUUCUUCAUCUAUUCCUCCACUGCGACUACGCCAAGAAAGUGUGGGCAUCCUCUCUGUUCUCACUGCACUUCGACCCUGACAACUUUACGGACAUUACAGCAUUCUCUGAUGCAUUGAAACACUGCAAAAGCUCAGUCUGCCUCCCUCCCCUGAGAAUUUUAUCAUAUAUAUUCCCAUGGGUCUGCUGGAGCUUAUGGACAGCUAGAAACAAACUGAUUUUUGAGGAUAGGAAGAUAUCACAUGAGGAGUCAGUUUCUAAGGCUAUCUCGAAUGCCCGAGAAUGGAACUCAGCACAAAGUGUUACCUCACCACCACCAGAACCACGACACAAGAUGUUGAACAUACCCGAUCAGGAUGUUCUAACUCUUGGCUUCUCUGAUGUUGCUUGGAAUAAAGAAACUAAUACUGCAGCUUAUGGAUGUAUCUUCUUUAACAAGGAAGGACAGAUCAUACACCAGGAAUCGUGCGUGGAACGACAUGUCUCAUCACCUCUUACCGCCGAAGCUCUAGCACUACGCUGGACAAUCAACAAAGCCCUAUCACGUGGCUACAAUAGCAUCUGUUUCAACACAGAUUGCAGAUCGCUCCUAGUAGCAAUCACCUCGAGACCUCCUCCAGCUGAAUUCUUCGGAAUCAUCCAGGAUAUCGACUUUCUAUCUUUUAAUUUCGCUGCUGUUUCAUUUAAGUUUAUUUAG